AUGCCGUCAGUCAUGCCAGCUUUAUCUAAAUUGCUGCCACGAUUGCCCAUUCCUCCGCUGGAAGAGACGCUAGAGAGAUAUUUAGACCGCUUGGAACCGCUUCAAAGUGCUCAGAAGCACCAGGAUACCGUGCAAAUUGUGCAAUCGGAGCAGAACAAAGAGGUCUUGGCGAAAUUGCAUGAGAGCCUGGUGAAUUAUGACAAAGAACUGGCGCACACGUGGCCAAAAUCUUCCUACAUACAACAGUUCUGGUACGACGCUUAUUUGGAAUUCGACGAGUCGGUCGUCCUGAAUGUCAACCCGCAUUUUCUACUUCAAGACGACCCGACUCUACGAAAUCUAGCUGCUAAUUGGCUCGCUGAAGGGCAGGCAGUGGGGCCCUUUGGUCGGUAUGCGAUGAUGAUCACUCGAGCAGCAAAACUCGUGUACUCGACGCUCAAGUUCGUGCGCGAGAUUCGGCAAGGAACUUUGACGCCCGAUUCGAUUCGUGGCAGGCAGUUAUCCAUGGACCAAUACGACCGUUUGUUCGGUUCUGCCCGUGUUCCGCCCUUGGCGCCCGGCGGAUCAUGCCAGCUUCAAACGGACCCCACGAGUCACCAUAUUGUAGUGAUGUUUAGGUCACAAUUCUAUUGGUUCGAUGUGCUCGAUCGCGACAACAAUCCGAUCUUCCAAACCUAUGAGCAACUCGAGUGGAAUUUGUUCUCAAUAGUGAGCCAUGGGGCAGAGCAGAACCCUGCCGAAAAUUGUGCCGGCGGAAUUUAUCCCUGGGGUGUUUUUACGACAGAGAAUCGUCGCGUUUGGUCUAAUGUGCGUGAUUAUAUCGCGCAAAGCUCGAAUUCUACAAACAGACACAAUCUCAGGAUUAUUGAUAGUGCUCUUUUCGUCCUGUGUUUGGACGACGUUGCUAUCGAAGACCCUGCGGAGCUUGUCAAAUCAAUGCUGUGCGGUACGUCAGAAAUCAAAUUGACUGAGACCGGUGGUCUCAACGGCCCCUGUGCUCCAAAAUCGCAUCAUAAAUCUGGGCCUCUUGGUGUGCAGCAAGGCACUUGUCUCAACAGGUGGUACGACAAAUUGCAGCUUAUCGUCACUUUGAAUGGCAAGGCAGGAUUCAAUUUUGAGCACACCGGCAUUGACGGCCAUACGGUGUUGCGGCUCACUACCGAUUUAUACACGGACUCGAUCUUGAGCUUUGCUCAGGGAAUCACUAAAGAUGUGCCGAGCGUGUUUCAUGCGCCUGCAAUUUCUCAUAAUUCGGCUGCAGCACAUGCAGAGCCAAACCUCAUCACAAUACCUCGAAAGCUGGAGUGGUGCGUCGACUCCUUUUUGCUUUCCUCAUUGCACUUUUCCGAAACUCGGGUGUCAGAUCUGAUAUAUCAAUUUGAGUUCGCAGUUCUCGAUUUCGAUAAUUACGGCGCCAGUCACAUCAAAAGUGCGCUCACCUGCUCCCCAGAUGCUUUUAUUCAGAUGGCAAUCCAGGUGGCCUUCUAUGCACUCUACGGUAAGUUUGAGAUGACGUAUGAGCCCGCAAUGACGAAAUCUUUCCAAAACGGCAGGACUGAAGCGAUACGCAGUGUGUCGCAUCAGUCAAAGGCGUUUGUGCGGUCUAUGUUCAGCACUACGACUUCCGACAAGGAGCGUGUCAAUUUGCUUCAUGCUGCUUGUCGCGAGCACUCUCGCAUCACUCGAGAAUGCUCAGCGGGCUUCGGACAGGAUCGUCACUUGUACGCCCUAUAUUGCACUUGGAAGGCCCAAUUCAGCACAGAGAUGGAAAUGCCACCUAUUUUCGCCGACCAAAGUUGGACGCAGUUGAACACCAACGUGAUCAGUACCUCUAAUUGCGGCAAUCCGUCUUUGAAAAGCUUUGGUUUCGGGCCCGUUUGUGCUAACGGGUUUGGAAUCGGUUAUAUCAUAAGAAAUAAUUCCAUUUCCAUUGUCGCAUCGUCAAAGCACCGGCAGACUAAGAGGUUCGUGUCUCUAAUUGAGUGUUUUUUGAAAGAAAUCGACAAGAUAUGUUCUAACAGUCGAACUAAUACCAGCAGUAUGCAUUCCGACGGUUUGGGUUCUCUUUUAUCCGGCUACGACUAUUUCGACGUCAGCACCCGUAGUUAA